AUGUUGACGAAGUUCGAGACGAAGAGUAAUAGAGUGAAAGGACUGAGUUUCCAUAGCAAGAGGCCAUGGAUCCUGGCGAGUCUCCACAGUGGCGUGAUCCAGCUCUGGGAUUACCGCAUGGGCACUCUCAUUGAUCGCUUUGACGAGCAUGAUGGCCCCGUUCGCGGUGUCCAUUUUCAUCAAUCUCAGCCGCUUUUUGUAUCCGGAGGCGAUGAUUAUAAAAUCAAGGUGUGGAAUUAUAAAUUGCACAGAUGUCUGUUUACUCUUCUCGGUCAUCUUGAUUACAUCCGUACGGUUCAGUUUCAUCAUGAGUACCCUUGGAUUGUUAGUGCUAGUGAUGACCAGACAAUUAGAAUUUGGAAUUGGCAAUCUCGGACUUGCAUUUCCGUGUUGACUGGGCACAAUCAUUAUGUUAUGUGUGCCUCGUUUCACCCCAAGGAAGACCUUGUUGUUUCAGCCUCUUUGGAUCAGACCGUGCGUGUUUGGGAUAUUGGCGCGUUGAGAAAGAAAACAGUAUCCCCUGCUGAUGACGUUCUGCGAUUGUCUCAAAUGAACACGGACUUUUUUGGUGGGGUUGAUGCUGUUGUGAAGUAUGUAUUGGAAGGCCAUGAUCGAGGUGUUAACUGGGCUUCAUUCCAUCCGACUCUCCCUUUGAUUGUUUCUGGAGCAGAUGAUCGCCAAGUUAAACUCUGGCGCAUGAAUGAUACGAAGGCAUGGGAGGUGGACACACUUAGAGGCCACAUGAACAAUGUGUCAUGUGUUCUGUUCCAUGCAAGACAGGAUAUCAUUGUCUCAAACUCGGAAGACAAGAGCAUCCGAGUCUGGGAUGCGACGAAAAGAACCGGCUUGCAAACUUUUCGUAGGGAGCACGACAGGUUCUGGAUCCUUGCGGCUCAUCCUGAGAUGAACCUCCUGGCUGCUGGUCAUGAUAGCGGCAUGAUUGUUUUCAAGCUGGAGAGAGAGCGCGCGGCCUUUUCUGUUAGCGGUGAUUCCCUCUUCUAUGUCAAGGACAGGUUCCUCCGUGCCUUUGAGUAUUCGUCCCAGAAGGACACUCAGCUCAUACCCAUCCGUCGUCCUGGAUCCAAUAGCUUAAAUCAAGGUCCGCGAGCUCUCUCCUACAGUCCUACGGAGAAUGCUGUCUUAAUCUGCUCAGACAUUGAUGGUGGAUCUUACGAACUUUACAUAAUCCCCAAAGAUAGCUAUGGUAGAGGCGACACAGUUCAGGAUGCAAAAAGAGGAAUCGGGGGCUCAGCAGUGUUUAUUGCGCGAAACAGGUUUGCUGUGCUUGAAAAGAGCACCAACCAUGUCGUGGUCAAGAACCUGAAAAAUGAAAUUGUGAAAAAAAGUCCUCUCCCUGUUGCCACAGAUGCCAUAUUCUACGCAGGCACUGGGAAUCUGCUGUGCAGGUCUGAGGACAGGGUCGUCAUCUUUGAUCUCCAGCAGAGGAUUGUCCUUGGGGAGCUUCAGACGUCUUUCGUGCGUUAUGUGGUCUGGUCCCCGGAUAUGGAGAGUGUUGCCUUACUGAGCAAACACUCGAUCGUCAUUGCUGAUAAGAAACUGGCCCACCGCUGUACCCUUCACGAGACUAUCCGUGUCAAGAGUGGAGGCUGGCACGAUAAUGGUGUCUUUAUUUACACGACCCUAACGCACAUCAAGUACUGUCUUCCCAAUGGGGACAGUGGGAUUGUCAAGACUCUGGAUGUCCCUGUGUACAUCACCAAGAUAUACGGGAGCACGAUCUUUUGUCUGGAUCGUGACGGUAAGAACCGCCCCAUCAUCAUCGACCCCACUGAAUAUGUUUUCAAGCUGUCCCUGCUGAAGAAGAGGUACGACCAGGUCAUGAGUAUGAUUAAAAACUCGGAGCUGUGCGGACAGGCCAUGAUUGCUUACCUGCAGCAGAAGGGCUUUCCUCAGGUCGCCCUCUAUUUCGUCAAGGACGAGAGGACCCGCUUCAACCUUGCCCUCGAGAGCGGCAACAUAGAGAAAGCACUUGAAUCUGCCAAGAGAAUAGACGAGAAGGAUCACUGGUACAGGCUGGGCGUGGAGGCCCUUCGCCAGGGAAACACCGGCAUAGUUGAGUACGCAUACCAGAAGACCAAAAACUUCGAGCGACUCUCCUUCCACUAUCUCAUAACUGGAAAUCUAGACAAGCUAUCCAAGAUGAUGAAAAUUGCCGAGGUCAAGAACGAUGUCAUGGGCCAAUUUCACGACGCCUUGUAUCUUGGAGACAUUCGUGAGCGUGUGAAGAUUCUAGAGAAUGCGGGCCACAUUCCUCUCGCAUACAUCACUGCCUCUGUCCACGGUCUGCAGGAGACCGCCGAGCGCCUGGCAGCCGAACUGGGCGACAACGUCCCUUCUCUUCCUGAAGGGAAAAGGGCUUCUCUCCUGAUACCCCCUGGCCCUGUGCUGUGCGCAGGGGACUGGCCUUUGCUGAUGGUCAGCAAGGGCAUAUUCGAGGGCGGCCUGGAUGAGGCGACCAGGGGCCCCACCGAAGAGGACUACUAUGACGAGGCGGCUGAUGCCGACUGGGGCGAGGGUCUGGACAUUGCUGACGUGGACAACAUCCAGAAUGGUGAGAUCAACGAGCUGGUCGACGAGCUCGUCACGCGUGGGGAUGAAGACGAAGAGGAGGAGGGCGGGUGGGACCUCGAGGACCUCGACCUACCCCCGGACAGCGAGACCCCGACGAAGGCGAACAACAGCUCGCGCUCGUCUGUGUUCGUGGCCCCCACCCAAGGCAUGCCCGUGAGCCAGAUCUGGGUUCAGCGCUCGUCUCUGGCCGCCGAGCACGCGGCCGCCGGCAACUUCGACACGGCCAUGCGCUUGCUGAGCCGCCAGCUGGGGAUCAGGAAUUUUGGUCCUCUGAGAUCUCAAUUCAUCGACCUAUACAAUGGCAGCCACUCCUACUUACGUGCUUUCACCUCCGCCCCCGUCAUCUCGGUCGCGAUCGAGAGGGGCUGGAGUGAGUCGGCUAGCCCGAACGUCCGCGGCCCCCCGGCCCUCAUCUUCAAUUUCUCUCAGCUUGAGGAGAAGCUCAAAGCUGGGUACAAGGCCACGACCGCUGGGAAAUUCACCGAGGCCCUGAGGAACUUCCUCUCCAUCCUCCACACAAUCCCGCUGAUUGUUGUCGAGACCCGUAGGGAGGUGGACGAGGUGAAGGAGCUGAUUGUUGUCGUGAGGGAGUACGUGCUCGGUUUGCAGAUGGAGCUCAGGAGGAGGGAACUGAAGGACAAUCCGGUUCGCCAGCAGGAGCUUGCCGCUUACUUCACGCACUGCAACCUCCAGCUACCGCACAUGAGGCUCGCGUUGAUGAAUGCCAUGACCAUAUGCUUCAAAGCCCAGAACCUGAGCACGGCGGCUAAUUUCGCGAGGAGGCUCCUGGAAACGAACCCUUCCCAGGAGAGCCAGGCUAAGAUGGCCCGCCAGGUGCUUACGGCGGCCGAGAGGAACAUGAAGGACGCGACUCAGCUGAACUAUGACUUUCGGAACCCGUUCGUGGUGUGUGGGGCCACGCAUGUACCUAUCUACAGGGGGCAGAGGGAUGUGGCCUGCCCCUACUGUGGGGCCCACUAUGUUCCAGCGCAGCAGGGGGUGGUGUGUGCGGUGUGCCAACUCUCGGUGAUUGGGUCGGAUGCGUCUGGCUUGCUUUGUUCGCCUUCGCAGGACAAGGUACACGUGAUGGGCGAAAGGAAGAGGUACGAUUUUUGGGAAGCUGAGUUCGAUCUCCCAUUCCCCUGCUACAUCUGA